CACAGCUACACCCCUGCUCCUCUUCCAAAGCCAGAUGCUGCUUCUGAUCCUGCUGCCGUGGGCUCCCUGUGCCAAUCCGGAGUGAGUAAUGAAAUUCAAGCCCUCCGGCUCCGGCAAGGAUGCUGUUUCCAUGAGCCCAUGUGAUGCUUCGGUAGUACAGCUGCUGCAGCUCUUCCUUUCACCCGUUCUUCCAUAAUCUCGGGCUGUCAUGGCGACUCCCAACAAUGUUACUCCCACCAACUGCAGCUGGUGGCCCAUUUCAGCCCUGGAGAACGAUGCAGGCAAAUCCAUGGAGACGGAGGAGAUCCAGGACCCGGCACACCCUGCUUUCCGAUCCAAGGACAGGCUGGUUUUGUACCACUGGACCCAGUCGUUCAGCUCACAGAAGGUCCGCCUGGUCAUUGCAGAAAAGGGGAUCCCAUGUGAGGAGCGGGACGUCAGCAUGCCGCUGACUGAGCACAAAGAGCCCUGGUUCAUGCGGCUCAACCUUGGGGAAGAGGUGCCAGUGAUCAUCCAUGGAGACAACAUUAUCAGCGACUACAAUCAGAUCAUCGAUUACAUGGAAAAGACCUUCACAGGAGAAAAUGUUGCCCAACUAAUUCCAGAAGCGGGGAGCCUCCUUCAUUCCAGAGUGGUGCAAUACAGAGAGAUUCUGGAUUCCUUGCCCAUGGACGCUUAUACGCACGGAUGCAUCCUUCACCCAGAGCUCACCACAGACUCUAUGAUUCCAAAGUAUGCUACAGCUGAGAUCCGCAGACAUUUAGCUAAUGCCAGCACGGACCUCCUGAAGUUAGACCAUGAAGAGGAGCCACAGUUAACGGAGCCAUAUCUUUCCAAACAGAAGAAACUCAUGGCCAAAAUCCUGGAACACGACAAUGUGAACUACUUGAAGAAAAUCUUGGGUGAGCUGGGAAUGGUGCUAGAUCAGAUUGAGGCUGAGCUGGAGAAGAGGAAAAUCGAAUACCAAGGACAGAAGUGUGAACUCUGGCUUUGUGGGUGCAUUUUCACCUUGGCUGACAUCUUGCUGGGAUCCACCCUGCACCGCCUCAAGUUUCUAGGACUCUCUAAGAAAUACUGGGAAGAUGGCAGCAGGCCCAACCUACAGAACUUCUUUGAAAGGAUACAAAAACGCUUUGCCUUCAGGAAAGUUUUGGGAGAUAUACACACCACCCUUCUCUCAGCUGUGGUACCCAAUGCCUUCAGGCUGGUCAAACGGAAACCUCCGUCCUUUUUCGGCGCCUCCUUCCUCAUGGGAUCUCUAGGGGGGAUGGGGUAUUUUGCUUAUUGGUAUCUAAAGAAAAAAUACAUCUAAUGCUGGCUGUUCCGGUGUUUCGUUUGGUGUCUCUGUGCUGUGUUGAAACCAUGAUGAAUCCUCAGUAAUUGUAAUGAAAAAAUUGAAACCAAUAUGAAUAAUUAUACUGUUAAUGUAACAUUCCAUAGUCUAGAAGUAGAAACUUAUACUGCAAAGAAGCGAGUCAACAAAAAUAGUCAACUUGUUUUUAAAAAAAAGAAGCCUUUUUUUAGGUUUAACUGU